UCUCAGAAAGCCCCAUUCAACGAGAUUUUCUUUUAACCGGGUGCGCAUGAUCUCCUCAGGCGAUGAUCUCUCCGGGAGAACCUUGAGAAUGGCCCUGCAGCCUGCACAGAACCCGGUGGUUCAGCAGAAAGUCUUAAUACCAAACAAAUAUGGAGAAAAACUUGUGGGCGUAUUGCAUGAAACUGAAUCUUCUGAGGUUGUAAUCUUAUGCCACGGAUUUCGGUCCACAAAGGAAAAUAAUAUAUUGGUGAACCUCGCUGUUGCAUUGGAAAAGGAAGGAAUCAGUGCCUUCCGUUUCGACUUCGCUGGAAAUGGGGAAAGUGAAGGUUCGUUUCAAUAUGGUAACUAUUGGAGAGAGGUUGAUGACUUGCAUUCUGUAAUCCAACACUUCUCUGGGGCAAACCGCAUAAUAAAGGCAAUUCUCGGGCAUAGAAAAGGAGGCUGUGUGGUACUACUGUAUGCUUCUAAAUACCAUGAUAUCUACAUGGUUGUCAAUGUUUCUGGUCGUUAUGAUCUGGCAGAAGGCAUUGAAGAUCACCUGGGGAAAGACUUUAUGCAAAGAAUCAAGGAGGAUGGAUUCAUUGAUGUUAAGAACGAAAUAGGAAGUGUUGAUUACCACGUUACUGAGGAAAGUUUAAUGGAUCGCUUACGUACAAAUAUGCAUGAAGCAUGUCUUCAGAUUGACAAAGAAUGCAGGGUCUUGACUGUCCAUGGAUUACAUGAUGGGUUCAUCCCCGCUAAAGAUGCAAUAGAGUUUGACAAGAUCAUACCAAACCAUCACUUACAUAUUAUAGGAGGAUGUAAUCAUACAUACAAUCACUACCACAGAUAUUUAGCCACAGUUGUUUUGGAUUUUAUGAAGGCAACCCCGCAGCAAAACAAGGUUACAACUAGCUAA